UUUAAACUGGUACAAAGAGGACAGAAGGCUGAAGGGAAGGUAUCUAACCUGCUGUUUCUGCACACAUACCUUGUCUAUAUACGUCUCACCAAGACAGUAGAGAGAAAUCUCCUUAUGAUUGAUACUCUCAAACAAAACCUACCUGGCUCAGCCACAUUUGAUGAGAAUAAAAAGGUCACCAAACCUCAGGACUUAGUCAGAUUUUAUGAAAUUAUUAUCCAGAACUUGUCGGAAAUUCCAAACCUGCCUGGAGUAGAAGAAGAUGCAAGUCUAGGUCACGAAGUUGAAGUAGAAACAUUAGCAUAUAAAGCUUUUAGGUGUUUUUAUGUAGCUCAGACUUAUGCAGUAGGAAAGAAAUGGCCAGAAGCACUGGCCUUGUAUGAAAAAGUUGAGAAAUAUAUCCAGGCAGCUCUUUCAGGUUACAAAGAGAUGAAAGGAGAUCAAGCUAAAAGAUUUAAGGAUGACCUUGCUAGACUUCAGUCACUUGAGCAGCAGGUGAAUAGUGCUAAGUACGAGUGUCAAGCCUCUAGUAUCCUCAACAUGGGAGACCUCACGGACCAGAUGUCUGCUGUCUCUGUCAGAGAUAUUGCUAAGAAGCCUUUAAUUGAGCGUCUAGACGAGUAUGUAGAUGAUCCAGGAUUGCGAAGUAAGAAGCCUAACCUUGUAUCAUUCCCACCAGACUUCCAACCAGUGCCAUGUAAACCACUGUAUUUUGAUCUUGCUCUGAAUCACGUGGAGUUCCCUGACCUGGAGCACAAGCUGGAGCAGCAGAAACAACAGAAGAAGGGAAUCACAGGCAUGGUCUCCGGGUGGUUCAGCUGGGGGAAGAAGUAACUUCCUCACCUCACAUUCUAAGAUUUCUUUUGGAAACAGAAGUGGAAAAAGUUUUUUUUCUUUGACACCCCUGAGUACCACAAGAGACUGUCAUUUAUUUUUAAAGACAAAUAUACAUUUUUUGUCCACAUGAUUGCUGUGGAAUGUACCUUUGUGGCAUGAAAUGGUGGAACCCCGAAAGUAUCAGAGAAAUGGAAGGGAAAGAUGACUGUGCUUCUCUGUCCUUUUCAUUUUGACAAAUUGAUAUUCUGCUAUAAAAAUAUAUGCCAUCAGUUAUUUAUUUAUGAUGAACAUUUUCAUCAGUUCCUUGUCCUGGUUUAAGUUUAUCAGGCAUAUCUUACUAUAGGUGGAGGUUGAUUAGUAAUUAAGACAGAUGUGAUGAAACACUAAUUCAAGGGGAAACAUUUUAGGUUCAACCCGUUUCUUUAGUCUGUGAAUUUUACAAGUAUUUUAAUUGUUCACUUUUUUAUGUAAAGUUCAUGCUGUAACGAUUCUCGUUUUUGAUAAAUCUGCAUAUUAGAAGGGUGACGACCCAUUUGCUAGAAAUGUAUCAAGUGAAUGUAUUUCAUAAAAAAAUAAAACCAUCAAAACCAUUUGAAUUUUGCCCAGUUACAAUUGCAACAAAUUUUUUUUAAAACUUUCUUGAUUUACUACUGUAACAUUUAUACUGAAAGAAGGCACUGGUGUAAAAGAGAUAGAGACUUUUUGAAGAUUGUAUCAUAAGCCAUGUUUACAUUGCUCAAAUUCAAUGCAAGAAAUGGGUAACAAAUUGCAAUGUGUGCCUUAAGUUGAUUCAAAUGAAUUCAUUUGCUGGAAAUAUCUGGUGUAAACCAUACUAAGUACAUACCAUAUUAAUGUCAAAAAUUCCUUUGGAUUUAAAAUGAACUUCAAGGAAAAAAGAGAGUUAGAAUUG